CUUUUUACGCAUUGUUGGAUAUUAAUAGGUGCUUAUUGUCCACUGAGAUAUUCAUUUUACAAUUAGUGAUUUGAUAAAAGCAGAACAAGAUAUAAUCACAUUUGCACUUUUUUUAAGCACAUGGUCCACUGGUUUAUACCUAUGUUGUAAAUAGUAUUUUUUAUCUUUGGUAAUUCCUUCCCUGGUGUUUUCUUUUAUGAAUAAUUAAACGCAGCCACGUCUGCGUUGUUUUUUGUUUGUUGCUGAUUUCAGGGAGUUGAUUCCAUGGCUUGCACUUUCGCAAUAGUGACACUCAGUGGUUUGAACAGAAACAGUCAGUCAUUUAACUUUGCACUCUCACAAUGUGAUGUCAGAGAUACUAAUAAAAUAAAAAAAGUAAAUGUAUUGCAUCAGGGACUUUUGAGUUUAAAAGGUACAGUGUCAAAAGUAAUUCAGAUUUUCAGGAAUGAUUUGACCUCAAACGGUAUUUCCCCCAAAGCAGACGUUUUAGUUCACGAAAGUAGAAAAAAGGCAGGUGCUGACAUGAUCUACCAUUCUCUGUGUUUUUUUCAAAUGUCCCAGAGACGUAGUCCCUCCACUUACAAUAUAAAACUACUGUGAAAAAAAAUGCCUAUUCACGCCAAACUUAAUAGACAUGUGACAGACUUUGAGUUCAAACAUGAGGAAUGCUAUGUUUUGGUAUGCAUUUCAGAAUAACACCUAAAAAAAAACGAUUGUCACUUUUCCUGGAAAUUACAGCCCUCCUGGAAGGAGAAUGUGUCACUUGAAUCGUGCAAAGAAAAAAACUGUAGCAGAGUUAAUCUUUCAACACUCUCCUCUUUGAAAACACAGAAGUGAGUCCUGUGUAUUGGGUAAACAUCAGUCUGGCUUAGGUCACUCACCUGACUCACUCUACAUGAGCCACCACAAAAGCCAGAGAUAUACAGCCCAUUAUAAAUGAACAUUGAAAAAACGUUUGCUAAAUGUUGGAUUAUUUCUUAAAUAACUCUUUGUUUUACUGCUGCCCCGUCUUUUGUCUAACCUACAUAAUUGCAAAAGUCAUACCCCCGCACCCUGUGUGGAUCAAUACUGGGCAUUCAUCAAUAAAUAUGUGCUCUCUGGACCCGGGACAGUGAACCUGCUCAACCCCCGCAUCAAAAACCUCCUGCACUCUGUUCCUCAGCCCAUCACUGCACCUCAGGUAUAACUUGGAGUGAGCAAACCACCUAAGGGCUGAACUGUCUGGACACUGGGAGACCUGGGUGUGUGAAGACAGUGAAGGAUGGCCGUGUUUUGGAAACCAAUGACAGCUGGACUGCUGCUCACAGUUAGCCUCACUCUGCUGGGAUGGGGAGUUGAGGGGCAGGGCGGUAAACAAGCAAAGAAAGUAGUAUCAGGCGAGGCUACCGUCUAUCUCGGCCAGGACAGAGACAUCUGGAGGCCAAUAAUCCACACCGCGUCAAACCUCAGUGACAUCAGCAGUAUAAAGUCAACAUUCCAGUUACGGACCUUUGACCCGGAAGGUGCCAUUUUCUACGGAGAUACCAAAAACGGGGACGACUGGUUUGUUUUGGGUUUGAAAGACGGCCUCCCUCUGAUGCAGUUCAGCAUCGGGGGCAACCAUGUCAGUGCGGAAGGCGGCCCCCAGCUCAACGACGGAAAAUGGCACAAACUGGAGGUGAGCAACCAAAAGAAUUUCGUGAUUCUAGAUGUGGACGGCUCCAAAGGGCUGGUGGUGGGCAUGGGGGGGUCAUCCAAACAGACAGAGGAGGUCCUUACAGGGGAACUCCGACUAGCCCUCGGCGGGAUCUUAAUCGACAAGGAAAAGAUGAUGAUUCAGUUUGAUCCUAAGAUGGACGGCUGUGUGCGUGAAGGCAGCUGGCUGAACCUCAGAGCCCCCUGGGAGGUGGAGGUGGAGGAGCUCUGGCCCUGCUAUCAAGACAUCAUUCCUGGCAGCUUCUUCCCUGGCACUGGAUUUGCUGUUUUCAACACCUCAGUUUUCCCUGUUGAGGACGGGAAGGGGGUCAAGAUUGAAUUUCGGGGAAAUUUCACUUUGAUGCAUGGGACCAUUUUGAGCAUCAGGGCUCCUGGGCAAGAGAUGAUGCUGACUUUAAUGGCCAAUAAUAACACACAGGAGGUCACCCUCACGUUCGGUUCAGAAAAAAUCAGUAUGAAAUCUGAUAAUCUCAAAAAGCUGGUGAUAACCUUUGAAGAAGAGAUGCUGCAAGUAUUUCAAGUUCGAGACAAAUUUCAGGAUUUACAAAUCAAAUCAGUGAGCAACUCAGGUUUUUUGACCACCUGGAGAAACGGUCGUAUCGCCUUUGGAGGUCUCUUAGGUGAGGGUGAAGACAAUGUGGGCUCCCAGUUCUUGACAGGCUGCCUUGAGAUGAUCCAGGUUAUGGGCAGGGAUUUGGAUUUGGAUUUUACCGUCAAACAUCCAUCAAUCGUCUCUCACAGCUGCCCUGCAUAACAAAUGAAAGAACACAUGUUCAAUAUGUGGACUCAGAUGCAUUUGGCUCGAAUUAAAACAAAAAAAUACAAUUUUUUUAAACUAAAAA